GAAUGGACAUCCUAGUUGUGCUCGAUGUUGAGGUUCAUGGUCUCUACUUAGGGCUAAAUUGCCUAUGUGGGCAUUUCUCCCGGGUAUGAACCAGCCGUGCGAUCUCAUGCCUCGGCAACUCACCAGAACUGACCAUCCAGGUCACCGAACUGUCCCCAACAUUGAUCGAUCUCGCUGUCGUGAUUCUCGCAGGUGUUAUCCCUGGUCAAAUAUUGGGCAACCUCAACUCAGGAAUUCGUAUUCGCGCAGCUUUGCCUAGAAAUAUGAAUUAUACCCCGCACUAAGCCUCCCGGAACAAUAUUUGAACUCUCGAACAUUCAAAGCAGCAGCCUUCGCAACUCGCUUCCUAACAUAGACACAACUGUAUAAGCAGUCAACUAUUAACUAGCUGCUCUGAAACUAACAAUGUCUUCCUCCACCACAUCUAGUGCAGGCUUAGCAGCACAUGCAGCAUCCCAAUCUGUCCCCUCUCCUCCUUUCAUCCAAGUUGAUGGUAUCCCCAACUUCCGUGACAUAGGCGGAUACCCCAUCACAGAGGCAUCCUCAACUCGACGAAACUUCAUUUUUCGUUCGGGUCUCCCUACGCGUGUUACAGCCAAUGGCGUCAAGACCCUCACGCAGGAUCUGAAGGUAGACACAAUCUACGAUCUCCGCUCAAACGCCGAGCUGCGAAAGGACCCAGCAUCUGCAUUGCUUACGUCAAUGGAGGGGGUUAAGGUGUUGCAUACGCCUGUUUUCCCGGAGAAAGACAUUAGUCCGGCGCAGUUAGCGAACCGGUAUGCGUGUUAUAUGUCCGACAAGGGCACAGAGGGAUUUGUAGCUGCAUAUUCGGAGAUCCUCCGCGAUGGAACGGAUGCGUACAAGACGAUCUUUGAGCAUGUGCGUGACCAUCCAGACAAGCCGUUUCUUGUGCAUUGCACGGGGGGGAAAGAUCGGACGGGGGUCGUUAUUGCGCUUUUGCUGCUUGUGGCAGGAGUGAAAAGUUGGGACGUUGUCGCAGAGGAGUAUGCACUUACGGAGAUAGCGUUUGAUGCGAAGAUUAGGGCUGUGUUUGUUGAGAAGGUGGUUGCGGAUAUGGGGGUGGAUACAGAUAGGGCUGGGGUAUUGAGGAUGAUUUCGGCUCGAAAAGAGAAUAUGAUUGCUACGUUGGAGUUUAUCGAGGGGGAGUAUGGUGGACCGGAGGAAUAUGUGAAGAAAGCGCUGGGAUUUGAAGAUCACGACAUUGAAAUUAUUCGGAAGAACCUUACUGUUGAAGAGAAGGGUAUAUUCUAGAAUGACCAACCAGAGAUUGGAUAUAAAUGUCAGAUAAGUGAUGUGAGCAUUGAGCUAUAAUGGCAGUGGAUAUAUAAAC